UCAAGAACAACGCCAUCGUCAUGAGUUCGGCUACACAGGGAGGACCCGCGGUCCCUAAGGAGGAGAAGAAGGGCUUCGGCAAGGUUCUGGCAAGAGUAAAGACGGUUCUGAGGACGAAGCGACUUUCGACCAGCGGCGCAAAGGCCGAUCCCGCUGCUCCCGCCGAGAAAAAGGGCAAGGAAGCCGCCAAGAGCACCACGAAGACGGCCCCUGCUGCUGCUGCUGCGGCGGCCAAGACUGUGGACGCCAAUGCCCAAAAGGUCCCUCGCGCCCAGUUGUUUGAGGAGCGUGCCAAGAAGCUCGGUGAGCUCUAUGGCUUGGAGCUGAAGCCUAGCGAGUGGCACUCGACCGAGGGUCAUGCUCUCCGUGUUGAAAAGCCCAUCAAGAUGCGUGUCCACCGCAAAUGCCACCAAUGCGACACCUCGUUCGGAGCUUCCAAGGAGUGCUCCAAGUGCAAGCAUACGCGAUGCAAGCAGUGCCCUCGUAUUCCCUCCAAGAAGACCGAGGCCGAGAGGGAGGAGAGCAGGAAGAAGCGCGCUCAGAUCAUCAAGGAUCGUGCCGAGAACGCCCCCAUCGUCCCCGACUGGCACCCGAAGCGCGAGAAGGACCUCGUUCUCAGACGUCCCGCCAAGACCGGAACUCAGGAUCUGGUUCACAAGAAGCCUCGCCAACGUGUGCGCAGGACCUGCUGCGGCUGCAAGAACCUCUUCACUUCUGGAAACAAGACUUGCACGGCCUGCCAGCACGUCCGUUGCACGGACUGCCCUCGAGACCCAUCAAAGAAGGACAAGUAUCCCUACGGCUAUCCUGGAGACCAACCUUCGAAACGCCAGGCUUACUUCGAAUGCAAGGCCUGCAAAAACACCUUCGCUUCGGAGCCAACCGUCACCACCUGCCCCAAGUGCUUCAACAGAAACACCGAGCGACUUGCGCCGAAGCGGGUGGAACCUCAACCUGACCCUGAAGCUUGGAAGAGCAUACAAGCAAAACUCGCGGCGAUGAAUCUCAAGUAACACGAUACAUUUCGGUGUCCUUGUCACUCUGCUAGGAGGGAAAGAAAGAAGGAUAUUAGAACACGAUGAAAAUGAAGGUUUAAGCGAAGGAAGCUGAUGAUAGCGUCUUUUUUUAUUUGGAUUCGUUUUGCUCUUUUUUUUGUUUUGGCUGGCUCUCACCCAGACUCUCGCAAGCUUUUAUCGCUCACAAGAUGCAUGCAUUCAUUCAUAAGGCCACACGCACCACCAUCUUUAGCACGAUAUGAAACACACGCGCAUGUUCUAACCCCAUUUUGCAUGCAUGGAUUUUUUUCUGCGACGAAACAACACCUCUGAUCUUUUCCCGCAUAUUUCUCGUCAUUCACUAUGUCGGCGCUCGAUUUGAUACCCAACUUUACGGACCCUGCUUAUCAACUGCGAAAUCUGAGAAGAGAACAACUUGUCUGUUUAGGGAACAGCAAAGGAAUGGAGGAAAGGUAUCCCUCAUAAAGGUCCCUGUGGUCAUGGAAGGGAAACACUAGGAUAUAUUUCUCCAUAGGUGCAAUAUAUCGAUCUGUCUG